AUGGAACUCGGUAUGCACAUGGCUUGGCAACUCGCUCUCAAUGAGAUCAACCAGGGGGGCGAUAAGAAUGUCGUGAUGUCUCCAAUCUCAAUCGGCAAUGCAUUGAAUUUGCUGGCCUUUGGUUCAUGGGGUCGUACCUUGGAGCAAUUUAUGCAGUUCCUUGGAGCAAAGGACUUGAAUGAUCUCAAAGCCAAGUCCAUGCUAAUGGUUGAAGCUGUAGCACCCAUCGAGGGCAACAACCAAGGACUAAGUCUUGCUUCUCUUAAUACCCUUUGGACUGAUCAGGCUUUCUCUCUCAAGCCCUCUUUCAAGGAGUUUGCCAAAACCGUUUUCAAAGCAGAAGCCCAAACUCGUGACUUUGUUAAUCAGGCCGAGAUGGUAAGAAAUGAAGUGAAUUUAUGGGCAAAGAGUGCCACAAAAGGGCUCAUAAAAGAGCUUCUCCCACAUGGCAUUAUUAAUCAAGAUACAAUACUCAUCCUUGCCAAUGCACUUUAUUUCAAAGGAGCUUGGUUAAAUGCUUUUAAUGUGAAAUUGACUCGACAUGAAGAUUUUUAUCCCCUACAUGGAAAACCAAUUCGAGUUCCCUUCAUGAUCGCAGACACAGAGAAGAAACAUUUUUAUGGAUCUUUCAAAAACUUUAAGGUUGUUAAAAUUCCAUAUCGAAAAGGACAAGAUAACAGACAAUUCUCAAUGUAUGUCAUUCUUCCUGACAAGAAAGAUGGAUUACAAGAUCUAGUUCAAAAUUUCAAUUCCACCCCAGAGUUAUUGGGUGAUUGCUUUGAGGUCGAAGAAGAAAAUCUUUCCAAGAUGUGGAUUCCAAAGUUUAAGUUUUCAUAUGGAUUUGAUGCUUCAAGAAUCAUGCAAAAUAUAGGAUUGACCUUACCUUUUGAGAUGGUUGGGGACUUCACAGGAAUGAUUGAUUCUCUUGAAAGUGACAAAGUUUUUCUCUCGACAAUAUUACACCAGUCUUUUAUUGAAGUUAAUGAGGAAGGAACUGAGGCUACAGCUUUGACUUUUGCCCCUGCUCUACCUGGUUAUUCACCAUAUCAGCCUCCACCUCCAAGUUUUGUGGCAGACCAUCCGUUCAUAUUCACGAUUAGAGAAGAGAUAUCCGGGGUCGUGUUCUUUGUUGGAGUUGUACUUAACCCGCUUAUGAUUAAUUGAUAUUUGUUUAUGCUAAAGGAGGUUUGAUGUGUCUUUCAAGGUUAAAUUUUAAAGGAGGUUUGCAAAUUUUAGUUUUUCUUAGAUUAGGGUGCUGUUUGAAAGACCUUUAUUAUAUGUUUUGUUAUUUUUAUU